AUGGAAGAAAGAGAAGAAAGAACAGGAGAAGGAAAGUCGCAGAAUGAAGUCUGGAAAGAUGAUCAACAAGAUCUGCCCAGGAAAAAAGUCGGGCCUAGUUUAGUUGUAUUACAUGUCUCUAUAUGUAAUAUGAAAAUUAGAGUUGUUAUUAAUUUAGGUGCAAGUGUGAAUAUAAUACUGUUAUCAGUGGUAGACAAAAUCUGGUAUAUGCAAAUAGAGGCAAUUGUAUCAAUAUUACAAAUAAUAGACAUAACAUUCAAGACACCAGUGGGAGUUAUCAAAGAUGUACCGAUACAAAUUAAUAAAUUCUUAUUUCAAGAGAAGAUGGGUUAUUACCAUCAAUAUCAUCAUUGUCCAGAUAUGGUGAUUGUCACUUGUUCUGAAUUGUCCCUAAAAGAUCAAGGGUCCUUUUGUAUUAGGGUCUUCUCCUAUCAAUAA